AUGGUAGGACUAGGUGGACUUGAACCACCGACCUCACCCUUAUCGGGGGUGCUUAAUACCUAUCAACCGAAAUUAGUUAAAAUCACUGGGAUAUUAACCUCCCGAAUUGAGAAAAAACCCAGCAGUGAUAUUCCCGCUUAUGGCUUUUUUAAAUUAGAAGGAGGCGAAUGUGCCGAACCCGAGGAUAAAGCCAUUCCCAUCGACCAAGAAUUUUUACCCCGAGAACAGCAUGAUUUCCGAGAUUUAAAAUUAGCCGAAGAAAAGAAAACUAAAAAAGAUAAUUCGGGUGUUUUGGAGAUAGUCAAGGAUGAAAAAGGAGUAGAAUGA